AUGACGCUGGUAUCGAGGAGAGUCAAGAAGGCCAGAGACCGUUUCCAGAAAAGGAGGCAGGAGCGAGCGAAAGUUCAGCAGUCGGUAAACUCCGUAGGGAGAUAUCAAAGCGUAGCCGAUCCACGACCUUAUGCGGAAAUUCAAAUCUCUGGGAAGACGGUACGAGGGCUGUUGGACUCCGGUGCAUCGGUGAGCCUCUUGGGACGAGGUUGCAGAGAACUUUUAGAAACGCUGGAUAUCACCUGGAAGCCAUAUUACGCACAGAUUAGAACCGCAAACGGAGCGACACAAUCGAUCCUGGGCAAAGUCAGCAUACCGAUGACGUAUAGAAAUGCCACGGUGAUGAUAGAUUUGUUUUUAUGCCCAUCGCUGGAACAGGAGUUGUACCUGGGAGUCGACUUUUGGAAAAGUUUCCAGAUAGCGCCGGAGGUGUUCGAGCUAGAGUCGAUUCAGGAGGAGGUAGUCCCGGAAAAAGAGCAGAAGGAGGAACCGGAGCCGCAUAACCUGACGGAAGAGCAAAAGCAAAGGUUGCAGGAAAUCCGCGAGACCUUCUUGACGUUCGAAGCGAACGGUCUAGGAAGGACGAGCAAGAUGAAGCACGCUAUCGACCUGGUGGAAGGAGCCGUACCAGUAAAGGAUCGGCAUUAUCCAGUGUCAUCAGCAGUUCAAUCCCUGAUUUACGAAGAAGUCGAUGAGAUGCUUCGACUUGGGGUAAUAGAGGAAAGCGACAGUGCCUGGAGCAACACGAUAACACUGGUAAGGAAACCCGGGAAAAAUCGUCUUUGUUUAGAUGCCAGGAAGCUCAACAAAGUCACGGUUAAAGAUGCCUAUCCACAACAGAGCAUCGAGGGAAUACUUAGCCGUAUUAAUACGACAAAGUAUAUAUCCAGUGUAGAUCUGAAGCAUGCUUUCUGGCAAAUUGAACUGGAAGAGAAGAGCCGGAGGUAUACUGCCUUUACUGUGCCAGGACGCCCCCUCUACCAUUUCGUGACGAUGCCGUUUGGCUUGACGAAUGCGGCGCAACGCCUGUGUCGGCUCAUGGACAAGGUGAUCCCACAGAGGUUAAGGGAGAAGGUCUUUAUGUACCUGGAUGACCUGAUGGUUGUUUCGCCAACGUUUGAGGAACAUUUGGAGACGCUCCGAGAGGUGGCAGAUCUUUUGAGAGAAGCUGGCUUGACUAUUGGGUUGAAGAAGUCACAUUUCUGCUUUAAGGAGCUACGAUAUCUAGGCUUUCUCAUAGGCGGCGGAGUCCUGAAGACAGACCCCAGGAAAGUAGAGGCGAUCCAGAACCUAGGGAUUCCCAAGAGUACGAGGGAAUGUGAUGCGUCGGAUUCCGGAGUUGGAGCAGUAUUGUUCCAGGAAGAAGAAGACGGCGGCGAGCGACCGAUAGCCUUCAUGUCACAGAAGCUCAAUCGGUGCCAGCGGAAUUACAGCGUCACAGAGAAGGAAUGUUUCGCGGCUGUUCUAGCGAUAAAACGAUUCCGGCCCUAUAUUGAGCUCAUGCCGUUCACCGUGAUCACGGCCAUGCAACAUCGGAAGGGGUCGGAAAACGUCGUGGCCGAUACCCUGUCAAGAAUGGUGGAAUCAGUCCAGGAAGUAGAAGACGACUGGAUGCUGGGGUUUCAGACCAUAGAGUUUGAAUCGGACGAGUACCGGGUACUGCGGGAGGCAGUGGAAGCGGAGAAGCGGCCGGACCUCAAAGUGGUGGAUGGGAGGCGACGACGGUGGAAGUUUCUGACCAAGGAGAUCUUCCAUACUUUUGGAGUGCCAGAAACUAUCCACUCGGACAACGGGAAACAGUUCGUGGCGAAGCGGUUUCAGGAAAUGAUCGAGCAGUACCGAAUAAGGCAUGUCAGGACAGCGGUGUACUCCCCUCAAUCUAACGCGGCGGAACGGGUAAAUCAAUCGGUGCUGAACGCAAUCCGAGCCUACUUGGAGGAUGACCACAGGGAUUGGGACGUAUACCUCCCGGAGAUAGAGGCGGCAUUGAGGAGUUCGGUUCACCAAGCGACAGGUGUGACGCCGUAUUUUGCCUUGUUUGGGCAGAACAUGUUCUCAAGUGGGGCCGAUUACCAGUUGGCACGAAAGCUGCGGGCACUGGAGGACAACGAGCUCGAGGGCUUAGAACCAGGGGACAGGAUGGCGUUGCUGAGGGAUACCAUGAGGCGGAACCUGCAUGAGGCGCAUGAAACCAGCGCAAAAUAUUUUGACCGUCGAACACGAGCGGUAACCUUCCAUCCCGGACAAGAGGCGUUCCGAAGGAAUCAUGUGUUAAGCGACUUUGGAAGAUGCUUUAAUGCGAAGUUCGCUAGAAAAUUCGUGAAAUGCCGGAUUCGGAGGCCCAUAGGGAAUCACAUGUACGAGGUGGAGGACACAAAUGGAAAGCUCGCAGGUGUAUUUCACGUCAGGGACCUAAAGCAAUAG